AAGAAGCCGCUCCUGUCAACUGAGCGGAAGUUUGAGGCAUGAGCUGAAAAAUGUAUGAGUUCUAGUUGUUGUGUUUUUCUUUAUUGUGUAAAAGUUCGUUUCAAGUGUCCCAGUUUCGUAUCGUCGGCACGUCUGACUGAUGUGGCUAAGUGCUGCCGCUGCCACUGCUUUCGUCGCUAUUUGUGCUUAUUACAGGAACUUUGACAAACAGCUUAGAGGAGAAGAAGAAGAAGAAGGCAGGUCGGUGUUGUCCGCAUGCCCUUCUUUACUACAACUUUAUUCACAAGGCUUAUUAUUAGAAGCAUGUCGUCCGCUCUUCAGCGUCACGUCAUCUGGGAGUCAGAUGGGCUGGUAGCCUACCUUCACCCUCGGCCCUGGACCCCGGGCUCUGUCAUCCUGGAGAGCAGCACCCCCGGGACCCAAGGAGGCAGCAUUUUCCACCUGGGGGAGCCAGAGUACUUGUCCUGGCUGCUUGGGGCGAGAGCUGUGGCAGAACUGCUUUGUGACAGGCUGGGAGUUCGGAGGUGUGCGCUGGUCAGCAGACCCCACAGAGAUAGACCUGCUCAGAUCCGUAUCCUCCCCCUGUGUGGUCUGGACGCAGAGUGGCGCCCUCAUCUGGCUGGGGAAGAAGAGCACAAUGCCCAUGACCCGGGAUACUGCACUUCCAGGACCGCCCCACGAUGGAGUGACUCCAGCCUGACUGAAAUCCAGACCAGGAUUCGAGCCAAACUGCCGCUGCCUGAUGCCCCCCCUGAUCUGACCUUCCUCGGGGACGAUCCGGCUCACCCUUCCCUGUUCUCACGUAUUGUUCGUGGUGAGGAACAGCAGUGGCGCGUCUGGGAGGACAAAGGUCAUGUGGCUUUUCUCACUCCAUUCCCCAACUCCCCUGGAUUCACUGUGUUAGUCCCACGCCGACCUUUGACCUCUGAUAUAUUCAGACUGGGAAAAGAAGAUUACGAGAGACUGGUGCUGGCCGCCAAGAAGGUGUCGCGGCUCCUGGAGGAUGGGUUGGGCGCUUGGGGGGUGGGGCUUAUUUUUGAGGGUUUUGAGAUCGACUACGCUCAUGCCAAGCUGAUACCACUAUUCCUGCCGCCAUUGUCAGCGGGUGAAAAUAAACCAGAUAAACCACCGUCUCCCCAGUUUUACCCCACUUACCCGGGAUAUGUGACAUCAGAAGAUGGGCCUGAAGCCAGCUUAGAGAGUCUGAAGAUAAUGCACACUAAAAUCACUCAAAUGUAAUGCUCUUUGAUUCUGACUCUGAUACUGUUUUUACCAAAUAAUCACCAUUCUCUUUGCACAAUCAUGACUGAAUGACUACACCCGGGCUGGUUAGCUAAGUACUUCUAAGUGACUCUGUUCAUUUUUUGCAAGACAAACAUUUGAUUCAGACAUCAAAUAUCUGAUUAAAGUUUACAAAUUACUCUAAAUUACUUGUUUAUAGAUUUUAUUUAGAAACCAAAAAUGAUCACGUAUUAAAUACAUUCUUUAAAAUCCAACAAUGUUUAGAUUAAAACAUCAGUGUCAUUGCACACUUGUACUCUGCCAAAAACCAGUAAACAUGUACAGUUUACCUCAGAAAUACAGAACAAAAAGCUCAGUUAUGUCAUAGCAUCAUUACACUGUGCUAUUUAUGUUCCUUUAUUAAUUAGAUUGUUAUGUGUUUAGUUCGUUUGCUUGCAUAAUCUGUGUGCUCGCUCAUUACACAUCUACUAAUUGGUCCCUCUGUGUGAUUAUGUUGUAAGACUUAAUUAAUAACUUAAUUAGUAAAGUGCUUAAUCGGUGCUCUGUAAUACAGGCAGUGCCCCUGGCUGUCAUUAUAAUGGUCCAAAAGAUGUUCAUGAGUUAAUGAGGAGGGUUUCUGCUGCUGGUUGCAAUGGGAAAAAGCAGAGAGCUAGCUGAAGUCUUCAAGGAGUAAUCUCCAUGGUUCAAAUGAAUUUAUUUACUCGUCUGGUGUGCUCACUAGCCAACAGCUUCUUUUACUUCUUUAACGAUCGCUUCUAUUUGCACCUGGCAACUGUAGGAAGGAAAAACUCCUUUUUAUCAGAAAAGACACCUCCAGUAUAACCAGGUUUAGGGAGGGGCAGCGAUAGGCUGCGAGCAGCUGGGGGUGAGGGGAAAGGGAAGAGAGCAGAUGGAGACAGGACAGCCCUAACUAUAUGUUUUAAAGUCUGAUCUUAAAUGUAGAGAGGCUGUGUCUCCUGAAUCCAGGCUAGGAGUUGGUUCCUCUGGAGAGAUGCCUGCUAGAUGAAAACUAUCACCUUUGGAACAAAGUCUAAGAGUGAAGUGCUCUAUUGGGGAGAUAUGGUACUAUGACGUACAUGGGGCCUAAUGAUUCAAGUCCUUGUAUGUGAGGAGCAGAAUUUAGCCUGAAUUUACAAUUCACUAAAUUUAAAUUCCUGGCACAAAGACAGCUUAACUACAUAAAACUAAAAUGUCAACAGUUCCAUUAGAGGCAAAGCCUAAUCUAAGUGAUGAUAAUAAAAGACCUGUAGGUCCUCUUAAUUCCACUUACCUUGGUGCUCAUAAGCUAGUCCUGGGAUAGCUAAAUUGUUAUCCCAUUAGCCGAUAUAACCCCUGAAACACUAGCCUUCUGCUACUGAAUGCAAAUGAGGAUUUAUGAAAGAACACAAUCGUUUCCAAACAAUAACUACGAUAAACCCUCAGAGGAUAAGUAGAUGAGAACACAAACUACAAGUGUGAAUAAGAAACAACUGGUUGUGGUGGAUGCUGUUUAUUUGUUUAUUUAUUUAUAAGUAAACCCCAUUAGCUUCCACAACAGUGGUUGCUAGUCUUCCUGGGGCCCAAACCAUCAAAUACAAUCAAAUAAAAUAUUACACAAUAAAGUGGAUGCAAAAUAUCUACAUAAUUUGGCUCUUACACCCACAGUAAGGUUUUACAAUUGUGGAAAUAUGAGCAUAUAAAUAUCACAAUAUGAAAAUGAGAACAGCAGGUAUUGGAGAAGGGGGGAUUUUAUAGCCUCAGGCCGGAGGGGGCGUGAAGGAGGAGUGGUCCCGCUCCUGAAAUUCAGAU